UACUAAACCCCUUCUCCACUCUCACUUGUGUACUUUUUCUUCUUCUAUACACACAGACCAACCUUCUUCCGAUCUACGCAAAGUACCAGUUUCUCUUGUUCCAUACGCCAUUUUCACUGAGAGAAAAAGUUAAGUCGAAGGGAAUUUAUUUAGUUUUUGUUAAUUAAUUAAAUAAAAAUGCCGAUCAAGAGUGAAACGACGCCGCCUCCGAGAAUCGGGAAGAUCGGGCCGUACACUGUAUUCGUGACACCUCCGCCCACACCCAAUCCGAGUGUGAAACCGGAUUCUCCCAAAAAAACCGUUGACGUUCCGGUUCAGGUCCAGACGCCGGUUAAAAAAGUUAUACAGCCUCCUCCUCCGGUUAUGGCUCCACCAGUGCAGUACUGCGAAGAUAAGUCUGUCUUUGCUUUCUUCUGGGACGCCGUGUCCAAGGUCCAAAGCGCUCAUGCGCGUUUGGAUGAGCACGUCGCUCAUUGGUUUGGCUUGAAUCAGUCCAAGUAUCAAUGGGCAUUGGAUGAUUACUGCGAAAGAAAUGGAAAGAACCAAACAGAGGCAAAAGCACAAAAUGGAAUGCGAAAUGUAUAACGCAAGCAGGGUAUCUUUCAAGCAAGGACACCUGUUUAAGCUCGAGUCGGUGGCAUCCACAGUUGGAGUAUGAAUAACGUGUGCUAAUGCAUGAAGGAAGCUCUUGUCAAAUGUACUAGUUUUGAUUUUUAUUUUAUUUUUUCUUUUUUUUGGUUGUUAUGAUACUACUGCGGCUGAUAUCAUGUUAUAUUUAAUGCUGUAGCCCUGUGUAGUUUUAUCUCAAGUCUGCAAAGAGCUUUUUGAUAACCCUUAUAUAGAAGUGCCUAAUUCUAUUUGGUACCUUUUUAUUUUGAUACUUGCAAGCAUCUGGGUGUUAUUGGAUGCUAUCUUUUCACCA